GAAAGUGAGGGAUAGGAGCAUAUACACUUUCCUAUUGCCGCAAUUGGCAAUUAUCAAGACUUGUUUUUCAGCUAUCCUCGAAUCCAGGUAUGCUUGCCUAGUCCUGCUGAUUUUAGUCGCACAAUUCCAGUUGAUUUUGAGUACCGUUCAAAAUACGUCGGGAGCUGCUUUUAGAGACAUCCGGUGCCUAAUAUAAUUGAUCAGCUGCAAUGGGUGCAUCCAAAGGGAAAAAGCUUUCUGGGAUGCAAAAGCAAGUACUUAGUCUAUACAGAGGAUUUUUACGAGCAGCUCGUUCGAAGCCUGCUGAAGAUCGACGCCAGAUUGAAUCAAUUGUCUCGGCUGAGUUCCGUCGGAAUUCGAAUCAAGUGGAUCGGAAAAAUUUCCUCUAUAUUGAGUAUUUGCUUCGACGUGGUAAUAAGCAACUUGAUCAGCUAAAAAGUCCUGAUACGAUAGGGUUAUCAUCCGUCAAUGUCAGUUCAUAUAAGAACCAAAAUGCCGAUACUUGAACACAAUAUGUAUAAUGU